AUGGAAGCAACAUCCUUUAUUCCACGUCCCAUGCUUUCCGGCAGGUUGUUUCCCCCCAAAUCACCUUGCCGGAGAAGACUUGUACCAGUAACAAAGAAGACAAUAAUUGCAAGUGUGAGAAAAUCGGGGCAUGAUUACGGUGGUAGGCCGGUGGAUGAGAACAUGAUCAUUCUCCGGAUGCGCAUUCGAGAGGCCAAGAUGUUGGAACAGGGGUCAUCCAUUCGCCGCCUGAGAAUUGGAUGGAGUGGGAGAAACGCUACCUACUAUGCACACUACAAUGAGGAUGUGUGUGAAGCAGUAGGGUUGUUACAGUCUUUUUUUAUGGAUACAAGGCCGUGUUUGGCUUUUGGGAUGGCCGCACUUAGUGUGACCCUUUCAACUUCAGGAGUUUUGUUCUAUGUUAUACGCAUAGCCAAACGACUCUUGUGUGGGUUUCAUCUAAGCUGA